UCUCUUCGCUUCCUCUCACGCAUCCAUCGGUGAGGAGAGAGGAAAUUCCCUAGAAAGGGUGAGAGAGCGGAGAGAAAAUACAGAGACCGAAUCGAACCUUUUCUGGAGGAGGGAAGAGAUGAAGAACUGCGAGCUCUGCAAGGUCCCGGCUCGGACCUACUGCGAGUCGGACCAGGCGAGUCUGUGCUGGAACUGCGACGCCAAGGUCCACGGAGCCAACUUCCUCGUGGCUCGCCACUCUAGAACCCUACUCUGCCACUCGUGCCAUUCCCAAACCCCGUGGAAAGCAUCCGGUUCCAAGCUUGGCCACACGGUCUCCGUGUGCGAGAGCUGCGUCCGUGGAACCGGAAACAAAGAAGAAGAACGACAAAGCGAAGGAGGUAACGAUGUUGAUCUCCGACAAGACGACGAUGAUAAUGAGGUUGAUGAUAUUUUCAAUGAUCAUGACUUUGAUGAUGCAAGUGAUGAGGAGGAGGAGGAGGAGGAAGAGGAGGAGGAGGCUGAUAAUCAAGUGGUUCCAUUGUCUACGACACUGCCCCCGCCUUCGACCAGCUCUUCGAGUAGCGAAGAAGUGUCGGUGACAACGCUUUCCUUAAAGCGAAUGCGUGAGAAUAGUUCAGAUCUUCGAGACCCUCGGGUUAUGCAGGACGAUCUCGGCUUUUUUUCAUUUAAACGGGGGAACGAUGCAGCAUUGACGGCUCAGGCGGGUGACGGCGACGGCGAGGCGACUUCAUUGAGGCCAUGGAAGGAUCGGGCGGUUCAGGUUGACGGCGGUGCGGCAUCUUCUUCGGCGAUGAUAAAGUCGAUGAGGAGAAUCCGUGGGCGAGAUUUAUGUGACCAGAGCAAAGAAUCCGUAGCCGUUGAUGAGGAUCCGUCGAAUAGUGUUAGUUAGCCGUCCGAUUUGAAGUAGUCUGUGGUUACGGUAGAUAUAGUAUUUAAUUAUAAUUUAAGCCCUCUUCUUACAACAGCAGUGGUAGUUGUUGACUAUUUAAUUUAACUUGUUAGUACUAAAUUUAUAGGUUUUAUUUAGAUAGAAUAUUAUUGGGUGGAAUGGAACGAAGAAGGAGAUUGUGGUUUUGAUUUUUGUUGUAAUUGAUAAUUGCUAACAUAUUAGAUGA